AAGGUUAUAAAAAGAGCACGAGAUGCGUAGUCGCGCUCGUAACGUGCAUACCAUUUGAACGCCGAGCGAUCGAGCACGUUAGAGGGUAGAACCGUAGGAGUAAUGGCAACCCGCCGCCGACAAGCCACCGCGGCCGCCACUCUCGCGUUCCUCCUCCUCCUCUCGGUCUCGGCCGCGUCGCCGUCGUCCUCGCCGCCGGCCGUGCUGACGGCGGCGGCGACGUCGCGCAAGGUGCUGCACUGGAAGCAGCUGGGCUACCCCGCCACCAGCCUGUUCUGCCCCUGGAACGCGGUCAAGUUCGGGGCCUGCGUCGGCGUGCUGGGCGCCGCGGGGCUGCAGGGCGGCGCGCAGCUCGGGAGCAAGUGCUGCGACGUCGUGCAGGGGCUCGCGGCGGCCGAGGCGGGCGCCUGCUUCUGCACCACCGUCAAGGAGGCCGUGCUGGGAGUCCCCACGGAGUGGGACGUCGGCGUCGGCGUCCUCGCCAGCGCCUGCAAGACGGAGUUGCCCGACGGGUUCAAGUGUGUUUGAUCUGAUGAUGGCCUGGCCGCCAUGCAUGCGCGAGUGCAGUGCAUGCGUCAGGCUCCGGCCUGUGCCGGUGCACUUGCUGCCACUGCCAUUGCGGAACCCCGAAUGUUUACUGUACGUGUUACCGAAUGAGUUGUAAAUUUGUUUGAAUUGUUCUG